UUUUCAGCAAAGUAGUAUCCAAUUGCAAGACUGCGAAAUAGCUUAGUCUCCAGUAAAUGCAAUUGGUUGUGAAGUCUAAAUAUCAAAGGCAAUAUAAGGCGGCCAAAUUAAAGGCUUAGGCAUCAAACACAUUGAUGGAAGCUAGUUUCUUCCUACAUUUUCUACUGUCUUUCUACUAUUGUAUACCCAGGAUUUCUACAAUAACAGACUUGAUCACUACAAAUCAAUUCAUCACAGAUGGUGAAACUAUUGUUGGGAUUUUUCAGCCCCAGCGGUUCCUCAAAAUGAUAUAUUGGGAUAUGGUACAAGCAAAUUCUUCCUCAUGUGCAAACAGGUGUAUGGGUUGCCAACAGAGGAAAACCACUCAUGAAUACAUCUUCUGCUGUUUUGAAGGUUACCAAAUCAGGGAAAAUUGAUCUUUUUAGUGACAAGAAUGAAAUUAUAUGGUCCACUAACACUUCACGAUCAGUCCAAAGUCCAGUUGCACUACUUUUGGAUUCAGGUAAUCUUGUUGUGAAAGAUGCAAAUGAUGGAAAUCCAGAAAAUUUCCUUUGGCAGAGCUUCAAUUUUCCAACUGAUACGUUCUUGCCUAAUCAGAAGCUUGGCGGAAAUUUUAAAACUGGUCAUGAGGUAUAUCUUUCAGCUUGGAAGAACGAUAAGGAUCCAACUCCAGGGGAAUUUACUUUCCAUAUUGAUCCUACUGGAUAUCCACAGGCCCUCAUCAGACGUGGCACAAGGGUAUCAUCACGAGCAGGACCAUGGAAUGAUUUACAGUGGAAUGGAGCCCCCGCACCACUACAAAUACAAAGCAGCAUAUAUACAUUUCAAUUUGUUUUCAAUAAGGAGGAGGUUUACUAUAGAUAUUCUCCGAUUAACAAUGGUUAUAUACAACGUUGUACAUGGGAGGAUCCUCUGGAUACUUGUGAUACAUAUAACUUAUGUGGUGCCUAUGGGAGCUGUGUCAUAGAUAGUUCCCCUUUUUGUGGAUGUUUGGAAAAGUUUGUACCUAAAUAUCCACAGCAAUGGGAAAAGGGAGAUUGGUCAGAAGGGUGUGUUCGGAGGAAACCAUAUCAUUGCAACAAGGAACAUGUAUUUCUUAAAUAUUCUGGAAUCAAGUUGCCAGAUAUUAAGCACUCUCAGUACGAUAAAACCACGACACUUGAAGCGCGUAGGCAAUUAGUAUGCUCAAGGAACUGCUCUUGCACAGCUUAUUCGAGCCUAGAUAUAAGCAAUGGAGAUAAAGGUUGCUUGUUUUGGUGUGAGGAGUUGAUUGAUAUCAGAAAGCUCUCUGGAAGAGGACAAGACAUUUAUAUCAGGACGGAUUCUUCAGAGCUAGUAUCUGAGGCAGGUUCAAAUAAAAAGAAGGCAAAGAUACUCGCGGUGAGCUUCUCAUUGUUGAUGGCAAUGAUUCUGCUAGGCCUGAUUCUGUUGUUGUACAUAAGGAAGAAGAAGAAACUAAAACUCUAAGAAGAUUUUGAGCUUCCACUGAUCCAAUUGUCAACAAUAACAAGAGCCACAAAUAACUUUUCGAUUAACAACAAGAUUGGAGAUGGUGGAUUUGGACCUGUUUCCAAGGGAAUGCUGGAAAAGGGACAAGAAAUUGCUGUGAAGAGACUGUCAAGGACUUCCAUGCAAGGACUUGAUGAAUUCAAGAAUGAUGUUAUCUAUAUUGCCAAGCUUCAGCAUAGAAAUCUUGUGAGACUUCUAGGUUGCUUCAUUCAAGGGGAAGAAAAGAUGUUGGAUCUAUGAAUACAUGCCUAACAAAAGCCUGGAUUCCUACUGAUAAAAAAGCGUCGGAAGAAACCAAGUGAAAAUAAAGUCAAAAAGAGGCCAAACUGGACUGCCCAGUGCAAAAAGGAGACAGUUUUGCAAAUCUGAAAACUUGGGGCUUAUUUUGUUAUUUUUGGACUUGGAAAAAGUUGGGAACUACAAAAGAAAGACAUGGGGCAAACAUUUAUCAUCUUUGGCCAUAUUUGCAAGCUUGGAGAGCUAGGGUUUUUGCAUCGACACUUGGGGAUUGAAGAUUUGAAGAUCUUGAUAAGAAAUUUCUUAAUCUUUUACUCAUUUCUUUAAUUCCUUGCUUUGUAUUGACUAUUUAAGUGUGUAGUUUUUCAUUUCAGUGCUUGAAACUUGUUUAUGAAAAUAUACAUUGUUAAAGUUUGGAUUGAAACUCUUGUUAUGCUUAUGUAUUGAAUGAUUUUUAUUUCUAAUGAAGUGAGUUAAUGUGAUUUUAAUUAAUGUUGUUCUUUCAUAUUUCUUAAGGGAUUAGGUAACCUUAGGACCCGCCCAUCUACUUCGAUUUGAGCUCGAGAGAGGAAGAUUGAGGUUGGGAAAGAUUAAUUAACAAGAAUUUGGGGCUUUAAAACCCAUCUAAUAACUUGAGCUAGAGAUAAAAAAGUUACUUGAGAUUAUAUUGAUUGUGCUUAAUAUCACACUCUAAGGCUUGAGAAAGCUUAGAGUGAAAUUCAUUGAUUUGGUCGAGAGACUUUUGAUGAGAUUUUAGAGAUCAUUGUCUAAUUAGCGUAAACUCACUCAUAGUUGUAAAAUCGUGAAAUACAUUGAAUCGUUACUUGAGCGUAAUUUCCCUUGUAUCCAUACUUGUGGUCACUGAUCAUUUUACCCGCUUUCUAGUUAGUUUUAUCUUUGUUAGUUGUUAAAACAAAAAUCAAUUAUUGAAAAAGUAUUUUGCUUAGCAUAGUUGGUAAUAAUUCCUUACUUGUUUAAAUCGCCUAGUAUAUUGUUCCCUGUACUCAACCCCGACUCAUAAUUGGGUAAAUUAUAUUGCAUACGACUGUGUAUACUUUCUCUUUGUGGAGUGGAUUUGGACGUUAUCACCUACAUAUUUGGUUUGAAUUUCUAACCUACUACACAAGCUAAAAUGAGUAAUACUUUGAUCUAUUAGUCAAAACAUGAAUUUAGAGCAAGGCAAACCAUGUUUUGAAAAAUUGCUAACAAGAAAGCUUUUUUUGUAGAUCAAACAAAGAAAAAGUUACUAGAUUGGCCAAAGUGCUUUGACAUCAUAAACGGAAUUGCUUGUGGCUUAUUAUAUCUCCAUCAAGAUUCUAGACUAAGGAUUAUCCAUAGAGACCUUAAAGCAAGCAAUGUUUUGCUAGAAGUGUCGCAGGAAAUGAGAUGGGAGCAAAAACACGCCAUGUGGUUGGGACACAUGGCUACAUGUCCCCUGAAUAUGCAGUACAUGGGAUUUUCUCAGUAAAAUCAAAUAUGUUUAGCUUUGGCGUAUUGGUGUUAGAGAUUGCAAGUUACAAGAGAAAAGGGGAUUUGUCCAUCAAGAUCACAACCUUAACCUUCUCGGUCAUGCAUGGAAGCUUUACAAAGAAGAUAGGUCCUUGGAACUAACUAAUGAGCAACUAGCUGAAUCUUGCCAUAUUUCUCAAGUUUUGAGGUCAAUCGAAGUGGGUCUAUUAUUUGUGCAACAAUGCCCACACGAUAG